UCGGCUCUCCACCCUGAAGACAGGCAGAACAUCUAAAUACAAACAGGAGACCGCUUAAAAUCACCGACCAUAAGAUCUGCACUCCAGCUUCGAUCUAAAUGCGACUUGUAUCGUCUCGUAAAGUUUAGUUUACUUAAACCAAACCGCGUUGAGGCUUCAGUGCAGAGACACACACUGCUCACACUGUAAUGGGUGAGUGCGUGUUUCAGAUAUUUAGGCAACCACCCGACGAAUGCAUCUACGAAAUCCUCCGCUUGUGACAUUUCUACGUACAAAAGGUGCGAAUCCUUCACGUUAAGAUAACAUCACACAGGUAUGGAUGAAGCGGAGUCCAAAGAGUCGGUGCAUAAAGCUGAGCAGACAGAAUCUCGCUCAUUAAUAAUGAAAGCUGAGGAAGAGGAGGCGACACCGCAGCGGGGACACUCGGGGGACCUCUCAGCAGGUCAAGAGGACAUGACCAAUGGUCUCACAUCUCAUGAAAGCCAGGACGUUCCUGUCACCUCUGUAUGCUCUCCAGGCACCAGUUACUGGUGUAUCUCUGAGAACGCAGACUCUCCUUUCCUUCUGUCUCCAAUCCCAGGCCCAUCUAAAAAAGACCCUCCUCCAACAAAGCACACACCUGGCCGAGACCACCGGCGCUAUUACCAUGAGUACUGGCGCAGCGAGUACCUCAUGGACUUUGAGCCACAGAGACAAGGGAUGAUCUGCAUGGUUUGUGGCAGUUCACUGGCCACCCUGAAGUUAAGCACCAUCAAGAGGCACAUCAAUCAGAAGCAUCCGUACUCGCUGCUGUGGACCGAGUCUGAUAAAGAUGUGAUCCGGUCGGGAUGGGAGAGUCAUUUGAACCGAGAGAACUGCCAGCCGUUAUGUCCCGAUCCUGAUGUUCCUCCAGAGUCACAGGAGAUUCUGGACGUUAACAAGCUCUCCACAGGCAGGUCUAGUGGUUCCAUCUCUCCAGUACUUCAAGCCCAGUCUGGCAUUAGCAGGGUCACACCAUCCCCUCCGGCCUCCUCGGUCCAGGAGCUCCCAGGCCCCACAGCUCAGGUGAUGGAGCGCUACCUGAACGACUCGCUGCACGCCUGGUUCCGCCAGGAGUUCCUGAUGGAAUAUCAGGCAGAGGAGGGUCGUCUUUUAUGCAUGGUAUGCAGCUGUCUGUUGCCUUCGCUGCACCUGGAUCACAUCAAGAGUCACAUGCUGGAUCUGCACCCGAACUCUCUGCUGUACAGCGCUGAGGAAAAGCACUCCAUCCUGCAGACCUGGGCUAAGACGCACGGUGAAGAGUCCCACUCUUUACAACCUCAAAUCAAAUCGGAACCGCAUGCCAAAGAAAUAAACUUAGAUGGUUCAGCCUCGUUUAUUCCUCUGAAUGUGGAUCCCAUUCAAGGAAACUUGAUGAGCUGCACAAGAGGAGAUGAGAAUCCACCAGACAAUAGCCAGAGAUCCCAGUCCUUACCUUACUAUCCCAGAAAGAGAAGACUAAAAUACGGCAGCCCCUGGCGUCUCCGUCUGGAUUAUUUAGUGGCGUACGGUCCUCCGGAAAACCCGCUCUGCUACUGUAUGGUGUGUUCUGAACACCUGCCUGUGCCGAGGGUCAGCAACUUUCGCAAGCACAUCCAGGAGUGUCAUCCGGAGACGAGCAACCUCAGCCGAAGUGAGAGAGAUGCUGUGGUCAGCUCCUGGAUAAAGGAGGAGAAAAUCGACAAGGUUACACCGAAAGAGGAUGACCCACAAAGUGGCCCUGUCACUACAAAUGCUGUUGGUGACAUGCAGGUGUCUCCUGUGAAAACCACAGAGCAAGGAGCUGAAACAGAAGACAAUAAUAGCACAAAUAUCACCCCAUCAAUACAGAUGCCUGGGCGGCACAGGCACUACCCGGGGAAGGACCAGCGGCGCAAUUACCAGGCCCGCUGGAAGAUGGACUUCCUGAUGGACUAUGACUGCAGGAAGCACGGAUUGAUCUGCAUGGUGUGUGGCGCUACGCUCGCAACACUGAAGGUCAGCACCAUCAAGAGACACAUCCUUCAAGUGCACCCUCACUCGCUGGACUACAACCCAGAGGAGAGGCAGCUGGUCCUGCUUUGCUACAACCAGAUCUCAGCGCACUUUCAUUCGGACGACUGUUUUUUGGGCACGAAUCAUGGCCAUAAAGAGAAUGCUAACAGUAAUGCUUAUGUUAAUACCGAAUGCACUAUGAGCCAGAGCACUUAAUCGAAACUGAAGGUUUAGGGAUGUGUUUUUUGACAUCCUGUUUUUUGUUUUCUUUCACUCAGGAAGUUUGGUGCGGGGUUCAGCUUUUUUUUUGAAGGAUGUGACAUUGUUGAAGAUUCAUGUACUUUUUGUCUUAGUGAAACAUCUGAAAUGUUUGGUAAGCUUAAAAAAGAAUAUUUAUGCUUGAAUCACUUUUGAAAGUAAAACACGAAGCCACCGUGUCGUUUAAACUUCUGCUGAACUUAUAUUUUCUCUUCUGUGGAUAAGCACUCUUAAAAUUCAUCUGUACAUAUAUAUAUUUUUUUGUAGACUGCAAGACUUAUGUUAUUGAUUUUGCAUGACAUCACACAUUACAGUGAACAAUGUUAUUUUAAUUAUAGCACUUAAAAUGGGUGCUUAGUACAACUUUUUGGGACUGUUAAAAAAGAAAUCAGAUUUCACAUGCCAUUUUGUCAAUCACAUUUUGCGUAUUGAAAGAAAAAGCAUAAAUAUAAUAUAUGGUUUAUAAUGUUAAUAUUAUAUAAUACUGAUUCAGUAUACCAAAAAGUUAUAUUGAAAUAAAAAUCUUAUGGGCUUUCUGUUUAGGCAAAGUCCGGUUUCUUUUGCGA